AUGUAUCCAAUCACUCAAUACAAGUACGAAUUAAAGCCUUUUCGGUUGGUUCAAAAUAUUGAGUUACCACUUUGUAAUUGGUACAAAGUUCGUGUUUCUUCCACGGAGCUCACCGCUGAUCUCCAGUCAACACUACAAGCUUCGUGCUGUUUGGCUACUCUCCCUGUGCCUUUUAGUCGUCUUCUUGUCAGUAUGGGAGGCUCAUCAAGCAAGUCUAAGCGAUCAGAAUGUAAGCAGUACCCUGUUAUGGCGACAAGUGCGACUCCCGAGGUAGAAGUGCCUGUAUUCAUGCAGCAAGUUGAGCAGAUCGAAAAGGAAAGAUCAAAACUUCCGAAUCCCGGGCUGUAUGAGACUGCGCCCAAUGAGCUCAAAGGUCCCGUGAGUCCAGACGCCUUUGACGGCUUUCGCUUUGACUUUACGCGCAUCUUAGGCCAAAGUUGCUCCACAUCACACUCAUUUCUGCUUGGAACACCCAUGAUUCCUGGUGGUCUCUAUCAAUUUGGUGCCAACGUCGUGAUGGGCGACCCUAUGGACCCUUCCACCUUUCUUAUGAGCAAGAUCACUCCAGACGGCUAUCUCGAUGCUCGAUGGAAUCAAAAGCUUUCUAGCAAAUGGAAAUUGCGAGCUAAGUCACAGCUUAAGAAUGAAGAGCAUGGCUCACAAGCUCUUGCCGAUUUUGACUACACUGGCGAGGACUUUACGUGGAACAUAAAGCUUUCAAACGGCCCGCUUCUUGGCUGCAGCUACUUGCAGAGUGUAACCCCGAGGCUUGCCCUCGGCGGUGAGGCCUACUAUCACGGCAAGCACCGUAAGAUUAUUUCGGCGUAUGCUGGCAAGUGGACUGAACGCGACUGGGUGGCUAUGGGCACCUAUGGUGCCAUGGGUACACUGCAGCUGGCGUACAUGCGCAAAGUAGGCCACCGAAUCCGCUACGGUUCGGAGCUUGUUUAUAAUUAUGCGUCAGGUGAAGCACAGACUACAUGUGGCGUUGAGAUGGACCUAGGUCAAACUCGAUUCGUGUCUAGUGUGGACUCAACUUUCCGCGUAGCAACGAGUAUCGAAGCGCGUGUGCUGCCUAACUUUGUGCUCUCGUUGUCGGCAGAGGGCUUUCCGCUUAAGGAUGACUUCAAGUUUGGCUACGGCGCGCAGCUUUCGUUCUAG